AUGGAUAAGAUUAAAAAGAAUAGCAUAACGCAUGGCUUCAACUUCAUGGCUAUAAGUGCAAUGAAGCAGCUGAAGAGGUUCCCUAUCCCAUUUUAUUCAAAAACCAAGAAUGACAGAAGCACUAGAAGAGCUGAAAAUUCAGGAACUUCAAAGAAGGGACACUUUUCAGUUAUUGUGCUCGAAAAUGGCAAGCCCAAGAAAUUCUUUGUUGCUCUAGGAUAUCUUAGAUAUCCACCAUUUAUCAAGUUGGUACAUGAAGCAGAAAAGGAAUACGGUUUCAAUCAAAAGGGUGUUCUAGUCAUCCCCUGUGAAGCAAGUGAACUCGAAAGAAUUUUAUAG